AAAGUAGAGACUGGGGAUUUUCCACACAUUAAGUUUGUCCCUCAGCUGACAUUCAAGGUAUUACAUAGAAAUGGAUCAUAUACCUCGCCUGUCAGAGGCAGUAUACGUAGGACUGUGUCGAAAAAUAGGGGGUCCUACAGAAGUGAGGAUCAGGAGAGAAGUAAUUGACACUUUGGAGCUGAUGAGACAACCUGUGCACAUCAUGAGGGGAUUUGACAGAACGAAGAGCGGAAGUAGACGUGAAGGAUUCAGACUGGUAACUUCUGAUGUAGAUUGGAUGUUAUGGCCUCCAGACCACAAGGUGAUGUGUGAUCCUUCUAAGAUCAGUCUCUAUCGUAUCCCACAACACACUGUGAUAUUGAUGGAGUGUGAUGAUUUACCACUGGGAUUUACCAGACUUAAUCUAAAGAGUUCAUCAAAUAGAGAAAUAGUCAGAUCCUCCUGUGUAGAGAUCAAUAACAACGUGUAUAUAUCUAGUACAUUAUUCCGUGAUAAUCACCCACGGUUCCUACAAACCUUUAAUUUAUCUUCAUCUCUCUGGUCUCGUUGACCUUGUUCAACAUUUUGCCAUAAUGAUAAGUUAGAAACUGAUUAUGCAUUCUUGUUUCCGAUCCUAUCACUGGCCGACAAUCGCUUUACCGUGGAUACCAAGAUGUCGUCAACAAGGUUGGUCGUCUGAAGGUAUUAUAUCAGAUAUAUUAAGAUCAGGAUUCCAUGUUGUUCCUAUCGGCAGCACACCUGACAGCAUACACGAAUGGAGAAUUUCAUGCUCCACGGCGGAACAAAAAAUAGUUUAUGCAAUGAAUCACUGCCAGUUUUUGUCUUAUGCUCUCUUCAAAAUAUUUCUGAAGGAAGUAAUUAAUUUAAAGGACGCUUCUCCUGUUCUAUGUUCAUACUUCACAAAAACUGCUGUAUUUUGGGUAACUCAAUCUAACAAUUCCCUGACUUGGACAUCUGAAUGCUUAUUGGCCUCUUUCUGGGAAUGCUUUAAAUUAUUGAUAUAUUGGACAUUUACAGGAGAAUGCCCAAACUUCUUUAUUCCACUAAACAAUAUGUACCACUUUAAAUUAACAGGGCCCAUACAAACAUUUUUGUCACA